AUGGGAAGGCCAGUGUUUGUAGCUCCUCUGAUCCUGUUUGCUGUGAUGCUGAUGGCGACCGAGGGAAAAAAUUGUGCAUGCAAUGGGAAAUCAAGAUGUCUCUGCGAAGGAGAAAAAGGCAGCAGGGGAGACAAAGGUUUUCCAGGAGAGCCAGGUCCUCCAGGGGUUGGAGGCCGUCCAGGAUCAGGCGGCCACCGUGGGCAGAUGGGACCAAAGGGCAGCACUGGGCCUGAUGGACCUCCGGGAUCAAAAGGAGAUCCGGGACUUGAAGGCAAAGAAGGAUUUGCUGGGUCUCAUGGCUUACCAGGUGUCCCAGGCUUACAAGGGCCUCCAGGGCCUCCAGGAGCCCCAGGCUGCAAUGGAACAGAUGGAGAUCCUGGACUUCCUGGUCUUCCGGGGCAUUCUGGUCUCGAUGGGAAUCUAGUAAGAAUCAAAAUUAAUUUAUUAUUAUUGUAUGCUCAAAUGCAGUAUUGCGGCAUGAGAACAUCUUUCAUUAAUCCCAGUCUUUUAUUUUAUGGUGCCAUCCUUAAAAUUAAUCAUUUUCUUUUUCAAUUUUUAUGUUACAGGGUCCACCAGGUCUGCCUGGACCUAAGGUGGGCUCGAGGAGCUAAGGGUCAAGAAGGCGCAAGUGGUAUCCCAGGAUCUCAAGGACCAAAGGGCACAGAGGGACCCCGAGGCCCACCAGGGCCACCUGGUCGGGUUAGAGAGUAUCUGAUAGGGAGCCUCGGUGUGUUGAAGGGUGAAAAGGGGGAAAACGGUGAUUUUGGAGAUAAAGGCUGCAAGGGUGAACCAAAUUUUCACAUGAAUUUUGUUCCGACACGCCCCUUACGGUCUUCUUUACAGAUAUAUGGCCCUGUGACACAGCCUCUCAAAGGAUACCAGGGUGAUCCUGGUCUUCCAGGCCAGCCUGGGUUCCCUGGGCGUCAAGGUGUUGUGGGAUUCCCUGGACCUGAUGGACCUUCAGGCUCUGGAUCUGGGACUGCUGUGCCAGGCCCUAGAGGUCGCACUGGCUUGCCAGGCCCCAAAGGGGACCCUGGAGAGCCUGGAGAUAUUUAUCCAGGACGACCAGGUCUAGAAGGGGAUCCUGGUGACCAAGGGCCUCCUGGUGAUCCAGGCCCACCUGGACCUCCUGAAGACAGAAGUAUGUCUAACAGGAUUACCAAGGGUCUCCCAGGCAUGAAGGGAAUGAGGGGUCUGCCUGGACCUAUUGGAUAUGAUGGAACAUAUGGAAUGAAAGGAGAGAAGGGGGAGCCUUGCUAUGAAUGUGAAGGAUCAGGACCUCCAGGACCCCCGGGUCCCCGUGGUGUGCCUGGCAGUCCUGGCUAUAAUGGAGGACCAGGUAGCAAAGGCGAUCCAGGGUUCCCAGGACCUCGAGGUUCACCUGGAAGCCAUGGUCCCACUGGUGAACCAGGAUUUCCUGGCCCUCCAGGACCAAAAGGGGACUCAUAUUCCUACAACACUCCGGGGAUAAAGGGUGAAAAAGGAGAGCCAGGACAGCCGGGCCGGCGGGGUCCAGAUGGCAUCCCUGGGUCUCCCGGAUUACCAGGUCACAAAGGCAGUCAAGGGCUUCCAGGAGAUUCAUAUCCCUACCUUGGUGCUGCUGGAGAUCAUGGUUUCCCAGGCCAGCCAGGACUUCCAGGCAGCCCAGGACCAGUUGGCUACCCUGGGCCAGGAGGUUAUGGGCCUGAAGGAUUUACAGGAAGUAAGGGAGAUUCUGGGGUACCUGGCCUGCCAGGACAGCCAGGAUUUCCAGGCCAAAAGGGGGAGCCUGGCCACAUCCACCUCAAAGGACUUCCUGGACCACCUGGAAUUAAAGGACGACCUGGUUCACCAGCAGGCCCAGGUUAUCAAGGGGCGCCAGGUUCUCCAGGAUCACCAGGUGUUCCAGGACAGAAAGGGGAACCAGGCAGUGUGUCAGUUCCUGGGCAGCUGGGGUUACCAGGAAGGAAAGUGCUGUGUAUGUUUUUUUAUGAUCAGGGUGAGGGUGGCCUUGGGUAUUCUGGCCCUCCAGGCCCCCAAGGGCGUCCAGGUAAUGAUGGAGAUCCUGGGCCAGUUGGUAAUCCUGGGUUCCCUGGCCAACCUGGAAAUCCAGGACCAGGAGGCAAUCCAGGGUUUCUAGGAGAAAAAGGAAGAAAAGGCCUUGUAGGUCCUCCAGGACUGCCUGGUAGCAAAGAUUUAUGUGAAACUUUACCUGGACAUCGGGGACCACCAGGACCAGAUGGUUAUCCAGGACCUCCUGGACUUAAUGGUUUGCCAGGUGAGAAGGGAAAUAUAGGUUUACCUGGGUUUGGUCGUCCUGGAGCACCUGGUCAGCCUGGUGUCCCUGGACCAUCAGUGUCGGGUCCAAGUGGGCCUCCUGGACCGACAGGGAUUAAAGGACUAACUGGCGUGCCUGGUCAACCAGGACUGAGAGGGGACCCCGGACCAGACGGACCAUCAGGAUAUGGACCAGAAGGGCUGCCUGGAAACAGAGGGGCACCAGGUCAAAGAGGUGACACUGGCCGACUUGGAGCCAGAGGUCCUCCAGGUUUUCCAGGCCUGCAAGGACAACCAGGCCCCAAAGGUCUUCAAGGGCGCCCAUCACCACCGCAAAACUUUACUGGAAGCCCAGGAGAUAAUGGUGGACCAGGUUACCCUGGUCUAGCUGGUCCCGAUGGAGAGCCAGGAUACAAUGGACCAAAAGGGCAGCGAGGAAAACAAGGACUACCAGGGAAUCCUGGACAAAGAGGUUCUCCAGGUGUUCCAGGUAUUGAUGGAUCAGAGAUUUUACCAGGAAAUCCAGGACCUCCUGGACCCCAUGGAGAUCCAGGACCAAGAGGCCCUCCAGGGUACAAGGGACUUAAAGGAGAUCCAGGACUCCCUGGAGGACCAGGACCUAAUGGUGCUCCAGGGUUACCUGGUUACAAAGGACCUGUUGGAGAACCAAACUACCAAGGUUAUGGCCCACCUGGGCCAAAAGGACGAAAGGGUGAACCAGGAAUAGUUAACACUUUUGUGAUGAAGGGACACAAAGGAGAACCUGGGAUUGGAGGUUCACUAGGUCUACCAGGAAACCGCGGAGCCAAAGGAAACCCAGGAUCCAUUGGAGCAAAUGGUUCCCCAGGCUAUCAAGGGCCAAAAGGUUCAGAUGGCCCUCCAGGGGGCAAAGGACGCCGAGGGCCUAUUGGACCAGCAGGUAACCCGGGUCCACCUGGUGGCAUUGGUUAUCCAGGUCCUAAAGGCAACCAGGGCCAUGAUGGGAUCCCUGGGCCACCGGGGCAGAAAGGAGACACUGUUGUAAUUCCAGGGACACCAGGGAGGCGCGGUGCACCAGGUCUACCAGGUCCUUCAGGGGUGCCUGGUCUUCCUGGCCUCCCUUCUACAGGUACCUCUGGACCAACAGGAGACAGGGGACGUCCAGGCCCACCUGGUAAUGUGGGUCCAAGAGGGCCACCGGGAGCAGAUGGGCCAUGUAUUUCUGGGUCUAAAGGAGAUCGUGGUCGCCCUGGCAACCCUGGAAGCAGAGGCUAUCCUGGCCCACGUGGUCCUCCAGGUCCCGCAGUGCCUGGGUUAAAAGGAGACAGAGGGGAUCCAGGGUUUUCAGGGAGUCCAGGUUAUAAUGGACAACCUGGAGAUCCAGGCCCUGAAGGGCCGCCUGGUCCAAGAGGCAGACGCGGAGACACUGGGCCAAGAGGUGAUUCUGGUCCUCCCGGAUAUCAAGGGCCCUAUGGUGACAAAGGAGACCCCGGAUACAUCCCAGGUCCACCUGGUUUUCCUGGAGCCAAAGGUUUUCCUGGACGACCAGGUCUUAAAGGUGAACCAGCAAUUGGCAGAGCGAUAUAUGAACCAGGACCUCCUGGCAUACCUGGUCCCCCAGGCAAUCGAGGGCCCCCAGGGAGCACUGGUCCCUCAGGACCAUCAGGGCCCCCAGGCCCGUCAGGUGUCAAAGGGAGGCAGGGUUCCAGCCCACCUGGCCAGCCUGGAUUUACUGGACGCAAAGGAGAGAAAGGAAGAGCAGGACUGCAAGGUCCAGAAGGCAGACCUGGAAGCCCAGGAGUCAAGGGUCCAACCGGUUUGCCCGGCAGAGGGGGUCCAGGUUAUGUGGACAGUUUCAUGAUUGUCAGACACAGCCAGAGCAUCCGGGUCCCCGUCUGCCCUUAUGGCACCAGCCUUAUAUACAGUGGUUACUCCUUCCUCUUCAUCAAUGGAAAUGAGAGAGCUCAUGGUCAGGACCUUGGCACCACAGGGAGCUGUCUGCCUCGCUUCACCACCAUGCCCUUCCUGUUCUGUGAUACAGAAAGUACCUGCCGCUUUGCUUCUCGUAAUGACUAUUCGUACUGGUUGUCCACUGACACACCUAUGCCUGCAGACAUGGUUUCCAUCACUGGGGACAGACUGGCUUCCUACAUUAGCAGGUGUUCAGUGUGUGAAACCACCUCCAGUGUCAUCGCCAUCCACAGCCAGACAACUGUAAUACCACAGUGUCCCAGAAGCUGGGAAUCCCUUUGGACUGGGUACUCAUUUGUCAUGCAAACAGGUGCAGGAGCAGAAGGAUCCUCCCAGCCCCUGGUUUCUCCUGGCUCAUGUCUAGAAAAUUUCCGCCAAGUGCCCUUUAUCGAGUGUCACGGCAGGGGAACGUGUAACUACUACCCUGAUUCCUAUAGCUACUGGCUGGCCUCCCUCGACCCGAACAACAUGUUCAGUAAACCGGUUCCUCAGACAGUGAAGGGACCUUCUCUACAAAGUGUCAUCAGCCGAUGCCGGGUCUGCAGGAAACCACAGCAACACAACACGGGUGACAGACGAGGGGACACUUUUUAACAAUAAUUAUGUCGAUUUCCGGUGUCAUUUAAAGUAGAGAAAUAUGAGAAAUGUGAGAUAAUGCUGUGUAGGUAGUCUGUGUUGUGUGUUUCUGUUUUUUAAACUGCUGUGUUCCUGCCAGAAAUCUGUGUUUACGAGUCUUCAACAGUCACCUUUAAUGGCAGUUGUUUUAAAAGCUCUGAUGAUCAUGUGCAUUACUCAAAGUCGUUAUGUGUUACAGCUGUAGAGUGCCGCAGGUGUGCAAUUAUUUGAGUGUUGCAAAGUGUUUUUCUCCGCAGAGGCGCGCAUUCUAUUUUAGACGUUUCAUCUGCGUUCUUCCCUUUCUCACUUUAUUUUGUUAAAACAACCAAGUGACGUGUUGAAAAGAAGGCGUCUGUUACCAAGACAAAUCUAAAUUGUGACAAUGUAUACCUUAACUGAUAAAAACACAACACCUACACCACCCAUUUGCAUUUUCCAUUUAACACCAAAAGGUGUUGUUGUGUGUUUUCUUUUAAUCCAAAUGUCCUUAUUUGUGCAACCCACAGCCAGUGUAAUGAUAAAUAACUAACCCACCAUAUCACUGACAUGUAUUCGGUGCUUCAUUCCAAGUGAUCCAAGAGGGCCGGUGCCGUCCUGUCAGUGAAGGAUGUAAGAAAUAUAUAAUUAGGACAAAAUAAAUGGCAGUUGUGUUCCUGUGACACCUGGAUGUUGUAAAUGUGAUGCUUGCUUUGGGAUUCUGAUGUGUUCUCAGACACAAAUAUGCAGGCAUUUUCACCCUCACUCUAAAGGCAGUUGUUUUGAUUUCAGUAUGUGAAAUGGUGCAUGGAAAAGAUUAAAUUCCAUGACUCAUACUGCCUGCAACUUUUUCCAAUCCAUUUCUAAAUCUGCUGUGGGGAAGCAACGCUGCAAUCAAAACGGGGCCGUCUCUGUAGCUUUGGGACAAAAAAAUCAGAUCUUAAGAGGAAAUAUUUUAAGCUGUUUUUUUUUUUUAAAUGAUUGUUACUGCUUUACAUUAUAUAUCUCUAUUUGGGUUUUCAAUUAGUGAAAGGUCUGUUAAUAUAAUUAAAAAUAAAGAGAAAUAAUGAUUA